AUGACCUGGUGGAAGUCGUCGCUACUUGUGCUACUCGUAGCCGCUGGGGGAGGUCUGGCCAAGGACUUCAGCAGCAGCAAUGGGGCCAGAUCGCAGCAACCUCUCGUCUCCGACCGACCCUCGAAUGCCAGGCCGAACAUCGUCUUCAUAUUGACAGAUGACCAGGACCUUCAUAUGGACUCGCUGUCUUAUAUGCCUCGUGUGAAGGAGCAUCUCAUUGACCAGGGCACGUUUUUCAAACGCCACUAUUGCACCAUCGCCCUGUGCUGCCCGUCGCGGGUGAGUCUAUGGACAGGCAGGGCAGCCCACAAUACCAAUGUCACCGAUGUCAAUCCCCCAUAUGGCGGCUAUCCAAAAUUCGUCAGUCAAGGGUUCAAUGAGGCAUGGCUUCCAAUCUGGCUCCAAGAUGCCGGCUAUAAUACGUAUUACACAGGGAAACUGUUCAAUUCCCACAGUGUGAGAAACUAUGACUCUCCAUUUGUCAAAGGGUUUACAGGCUCCGACUUCCUUCUUGAUCCUCACACCUAUGAGUACCUGAACGCCAGUUUUCAACGCAAUCAAGAGCUACCGGUGAGCCAUGAGGGAGAGUAUUCGACUGAUGUCCUUGCCAGGAAGGCGUAUGGGUUCUUAGAAAAUGCUGUCUCUGAGCGGAAACCAUUCUUUUUGGUAAUCGCCCCCAAUGCUCCCCACAGUAACGUCAAAUUCGAGGAAAAUUGGUUCAAUGGUAGUGCCUCAGCUCACACGAUCGUGACCACCCCUCCCAUCCCGGCAGAGAGGCACAAAUAUCUGUUCCCGAACGCUGUCAUCCCACGCACUCCAGGCUUCAAUCCAGACGAGCCUCACGGCGUUUCCUGGGUUAGCAAUCUGCCUAAGCAGAACCAGGCUAAUGUUGAUUUCAACGACGAGUUCUAUCGUGACCGCCUACGUGCUCUCCAAGCGGUUGACGAGAUAGUGGAUGGUGUCAUCGCUCGCUUGACAGAACAUGAUCUUCUCGAGAACACUUAUGUUUUCUACUCGACCGACAACGGCUACCACAUCGGCCAACACCGGCUGCAGCCGGGCAAAGAAUGUGGCUAUGAAGAAGACAUCAAUAUACCAUUGAUUGUACGUGGUCCGGGGAUACCAAGAGGAAGCUCCAGCGAUCUUGUCACUUCCCAUACCGACCUCGCGCCUACCUUCUUAUCUCUUGCUGGUGGACAAACUCGACAAGAUUUCGACGGCAGGGCUAUCCCCUUGACCACCAAUCAACUUGAUGACAAUUCUGACAUUCGCGGAGAGCAUGUGAACAUUGAGUAUUGGGGCUUUGCGCUUGCAGAGGGCAAGUACGGGAAUGCGAUGUACUGGAACAACACCUACAAGGGGCUCAGAGUGGUCGGCAUCAACUAUAAUCUCUAUUACAGUGUCUGGUGUAGCGGCGAACACGAGCUCUACGACUUGAGAACCGAUCCCUACGAGAUGCAUAAUCUGUACAAAUCGAAUUAUUCGUCAAUUUUCCAUUUUCCAGUCACAGAAUCGGAGACUCGAUCGACCACAACUACAUUGCAGCAUCUUAUCUCUCGCCUCGACUCGCUCGUCAUGGUCCUGAAGACAUGCAAAGCACGGAGUUGUACUCACCCAUGGGAAAGUCUCCAUCCCGACGGCGAUGUCGAUAAUCUACAAGAUGCUCUUGAUGCCCGUUACGAUGACUUUUAUGAGCUUCACCAGCAAAGAGUCCGGUUCGAAAAGUGCGAGAAGGGUUAUAUAUUGGAAAGCGAAGGUCCGCGGCAUGUCAAGGCAUUUCCCCUUAGUGAUAUUGGACCCAGGGGAGGCGUGCAGUGGAGUGAGCUUGUAUAG